UGUGAGUGCCGUCAGUCUGACAGCAGAUGUCCGGGAGCUGUGAGCGCACACGUCGCUCUCUCCAUCGCUCCACUGCGGUAGGACCGUGAAGGCAGCAGAGGAGCAGACAGACAGCAGGCGCACUUCACUUCUUCCUGCUCGACCAAAUCCCGUAGAGGCCACUUCAUCACUUAGGACCUACUUUUCUCUGAGCGGACAUACAAACGCAUCUAAUCUCACAGCGUGGCGAGAGCGGAGGAAGGAGAACUUUUGGCCGCGUGAUUGAUUUGUUUAUUUAUGCUCUGUUUAUUUUAACCUCAUCCCUUUAACCUUGGAAGACGCACCUGACUGUCGCGCGAGGAUGGGACCACUACUCCCUUUCAUCGUGCUGUGUUUGAGCGCGGCUGUCCCGCAUCAUGUGAAAGGAACAGAUGGUGAGAACCCAACUUCUGCAGGCCCUUGCCAUCCAAACCCGUGCCACAACAAAGGAGCUUGUGAGAUCAGUGAGACCUACAGAGGUGACACCUUCAUCGGUUAUGUGUGCAAGUGUCCACCAGGCUUCAGUGGAGUGCACUGCCAACACAAUAUCAAUGAAUGUGAAAGAGACCCAUGUAAGAACGGAGGUCUUUGCACUGAUUUGAUCGCCAACUAUUCCUGUGACUGUCCAGGAGAGUACAUGGGGAGGAACUGUCAGUACAAAUGCUCCGGACCACUGGGCAUGGAGGGUGGUAUCAUCUCCAACCAACAGAUCACAGCCUCCUCCACCCACCGCGCUCUGUUUGGCUUGCAGAAAUGGUACCCAUACUUUGCACGCCUCAACAAGAAGGGCCUGGUCAAUGCUUGGACUGCUGCCGAAAAUGACAGAUGGCCGUGGAUCCAGAUAAACCUACUGAGGAGGAUGAGGGUAACGGGCCUAAUUACCCAGGGUGCAAAGCGAAUCGGCAGCCCAGAGUAUGUCAAGUCUUACAAAGUGGCGUACAGUGAUGAUGGGAAGACCUGGAGAACAUACAAAGUCAAGGGCAAAGAGGAGGACAUGAUUUUUAGAGGAAAUGUUGAAAACAACGCGCCAUCAGCCAACUCAUUCACACCUCCUAUUGAAGCCCAGUAUGUUCGCAUUUACCCCCAAGUCUGCAGGAGGCACUGUACCUUACGGAUGGAGCUCCUUGGCUGUGAGCUGACAGGAUGUUCUGAACCUCUGGGGAUGAAGUCAGGACAUAUCCAGGACUAUCAGGUCACCGCCUCCAGCAUCUUCAGGACGCUCAACAUGGACAUGUUUACUUGGGAGCCUGGGAAAGCCCGUUUGGACAAACAGGGCAAGGUCAAUGCUUGGACAGCUGGACACAGUGACCAGUCACAGUGGUUACAGGUGGACCUGCUUUUGCCGACCAAGGUUACGGGUAUCAUCACUCAGGGAGCUAAAGAUUUCGGCCAUGUCCAGUUUGUCGGCUCAUACAAACUUGCUUACAGUAACAACGGAGUGCGGUGGAGUGUAUAUCAGGAUCAGAAACAGGGAAAGGACAAGGUAUUCCAGGGGAACUUUGACAAUGACACACACAGAAAGAAUGUGAUAGAUCCUCCCAUCUACGCCCGGUUCAUCCGGAUCCUUCCCUGGUCGUGGUACGGCAGGAUCACUUUGCGUGUGGAAGUACUGGGAUGCACAGAGGAAGAGUGAUGUCCCGUCCUCCAUUUUUAUUUUUGUGUUUGUUUUGG